GCUUGGGCCCCGCGUUGGUGUCCACAGGCGUGCAGAUGUUCCAAUAUCGUUCUCGCAUCGCCGCGCUCAGCCGGGUCCUGUUCCUGACCUGCGGCGUUGUGUCCUUGUGCAACGUCCUGGGCACCGUGGUCGUCGGACCACUCCUGGGUGUUUCUCCCGAGGUCACGCUUGCCGCUACGAUGAGGUGCGUUACCAUCCCAAUGGCUCUGCCCACCUACGCCCGCCUCUGUGAUGCGAGCGGCGCCGAGAACAACGUGGCCUUAGUGGCUCUCUGUGCAG